GAGCAAAAUCAGGUCGGAGGCACAAAUACCCGUACAGUGCUACACACGAUUGGGGAUAGUCGUGUCUGUUUGGGGAAGGCCUGCGUGUGACGGUGUGUGGCGGCUCGUUUUCAACGCCUUUGGUGAAGGAAAAGCUGGACAAUGGAGGGCUACUCGGUGGGGAUGGGAAGAGAGAAGGUUCACGCCGGAGUUCAAGGCAAAAACAGUCCAUCAAUGAAGAAACGGUUCAAACAGAGGUAUUGAUGGCCCGACCUCCUCCUGAACCGCCAUUAGGGAAUGAACGAGGUAAUAAUAAAGGAGUUUUGGUUGUUCGUCGAAGAUCUCAUUCAGAAAGGAUCGAGAAUAAAGUAGCUUGGAAAGUAGUGACAGACUCAUCUAGUUUGCAUGUUAAUAUUGUUAUUAUCCAGUUUAGUUUCAAUUUUGAAUCCUUAGUUGGUUGGAUGUGUUAUACUUAUGAGGUGGGUAGGUAUUCCUUGAGAAGUAAGAUGACUUCAUGUGUCAAAAUAAUCUUCAAAUCUCUCAGAUGGUUAGCGACUCGAUCCGUUCUAGUUAGGGCGAUCAAUUUAAUGUUUAACUAUAGGGUGAGUGGACCUUCGGGUUAUGAUGAGUUUGGUAGCAGGAGACAGUUCAGUUUUGAAAAGUUUAUAAUGUCAUUGAUUUUUUUUAUUUUCAAAAAAAAGUUUGUAUAUUGAAUACUAUAUCAAUACUAAGUUUCCAUUUCUUUUUUUGGGAUGUCCCAGACUCCCAGGGACCAAUGUUUGUGAGGGCACGGGUGAACUACAACCCACAAAUGGGUAUCCCAUUUAGUACCCCAUUUGUCCCCCACCCUAUUGGGGGCAACUCCGGAUAUCCCAUUUACUAUAGGUACCCCAUUUAUCCCCACUGUAUUGGUGGCAACUCACUUACCUACCUGCUGUUUUGUUCUAGAGUUACAGGCGCGAAAGAAAGAAAACCGAAGAAAGACGGGGCUGAGACGAAUAGGCGGAAGACCGAACACCCUGCGACCCUCUGCCGUCCACGCCGCGCGUCCAGCCGGUCUAGGAGCUACGUCGUCGGCAGACGGCCGUCCUUCCUCUCCGCCUCUCUGGGCUCUGCCUCCAGCGGACCAGCUCUGGCGCAGCGCAGUUUGCAAGGUAGCAUGCCUGCGCCAGUGUACUGGAUUUUAGAUGUGACAUUGAAAAUCAUAAACCAGAAAGAAGGAUGACAGAAAUGGAUGGGCAUAUUUUUUAAAACUCUCUCCUAAGGUCCCCUCCAAUAGCUGGGGUGUAACACCGUCAUAUUUAUGUGGAAAGAUAGAAAGGACAGGGUGAAGUAGAAAAGCUGAAGAGUUGCAUUUUGGCCCUUUUCUAUCCAACUACUAUCCAUUUUAGGUUGCAAUUUUACUGUGGUAUGAGAUUUUCUGAACUCCAACUAAUAUAUCAUUUUCGUUCCUUCAAAAUGAAAUAUGCAAUCUUUACUCCAACGACAAUUUUGAAAACCUGCCGAUUUGAACCCAUCACAACCCCCCACACCAUGUGGAUGAUGCUAUACACUCAAUGUUCAAGACCCAUGUCACAGUCUACCGCUAUUUCGAAGAAGCAGCAGCGAGUGCGUGACCAUGGCUUUGACAACUACAUGGAGGUGGAGAAGAAAAUACGCAAAGUCCUGAAAUUCCAAGACCUAAUCCUCACCCAGCCGAAUUCCAUGAUCUCUGUUUCUCAUUUGGACGUGCUGUCACGCAGGAUUGGGUUCAAACAACAUGAAGUAGCAAAAUUCAUUCUCAAAUUCCCCCACAUUUUUGAGAUAUUUGAACACCCAGUUCAGAGGAUUCUCUAUUGCAGGUUCGCUCGAAAGGCUCAGUUGCAGAUGUGUCAAGAAAACGAAGCCCUUUUGGCUCAAAUCCCAGAUGCCAUCACCAGGCUAAGAAAGCUUCUGAUGCUCUCAAACACGGGUCGACUCCGGCUGGAGCAUGUUCGAAUUGCCCGGAGAGAGUUUGGGCUGCCCGACGAUUUCGAGUACUCGGUAAUUCUGAAGCACCCUGAGUACUUCAGAUUGUUUGAUGGCACAUGAGAGAGUAGACACAAGUACAUUGAGAUUGUAGAGAGAGACCCAAAACUGGGGGUGUGCUGUAUUGAGAAAGCAAGGGAGAAAGAGUAUAGAGAGAAGGGCGGGGAGGCUGAGAAUAUAUGGUUCUCGUUCAUUGUGAAUUUCCCUCCUGGUUUCAAGAUUGGGAAGUACUACAGGAUUGCAGUGUGGAAGUGGCAGAGAUUGCCUUAUUGGUCUCCGUAUGAGGAUGUCUCGGGGUAUGAUUGUAGAUCUCUUGAAGCGCAGAAGAGGAUGGAGAAGCGGGCAGUUGCCACCAUUCAUGAGCUCUUGUGGUUGACUGUUGAAAAGAAGAUAACUUUAGGGAGGAUUGCACAUUUCAGGAUGGCCAUGGCAUUGCCAAAGAAGCCCAAAGACUUCCUCCUUCAGCACCAGGGCAUAUUUUACAUCUCCACGCGAGGGAACCAUUGGAAACUGCACACUGUGUUUCUCAGAGAGGCUUAUAAGAGAGGAGAGUUGGUUGAACCCAACGGUCUAUAUUCGGCAAGGAGGAAGCUGGCUGAGCUGGUACUGUUGAGUCCUAGGAAAGCACCCAAAGUAGUGGAUCAUGAAUUGGUCAGUAGUUAUGGUUGGAGAGACGAUGUCGAAGCAGCAGCUUAUGUUCGAAGGGAGGACGUUGAGAAUGACAGUGUCACAACAACGCGUGGUGUUGAUAUGAGAAAUGCUGGUUCCAGUUUAGUCGAUGAAUCUGCCGAUGACAUGGAUCCCUUAGGCUCUGUUAGUGAUGAUGAUGAUGAUGAUGAUGAUGACGACGACGACGAUGAUGAUGUUAGUGAUGAUGACGAUGAUGAUGUUAGUGACGAUGAUGAUGUUAGUGAUGAUGACGAUGAUGAUGUUAGUGAUGAUGACGAUGAUGAUGUUAGUGAUGAUGAUGAUGAUGUUAGUGAUGAUGAUAUGGUGAUGGUGAUGAUGAUGAUGAUACUAGUUGUAACGGGGUUGAAUAGUUAACCAAGAACUGACUUAGAUACCAACAUGAUGAUCAUUUAAUCAAUCAAUAAAUUACUUAAUUAAGGCCUUUUUCCAUAUUUUUAAGAGUUGACUGGGGAUGCGAGUUCAAAAAACAUUUCAGCUGUCAUUUCAACGUACAACAAGAUACUCCGUAUUUGUAUGUGAUUGAGUGAUGAUAAAUGAGUAGGAUUGGGCUGUAAGGCUUCCCGCAACCCGGACGGAGAAUACCCAAAUUUAAUGUUUUCAUUCUCAAAUACUCCUUCCGUCUCAUAAUUAUCUUCAUUCUUUCCUUUUUG